GAGCCUCCCCUCCCUACUGCUCUAUAAAAGAGACCCAGCAAAGGGACCCUACCAGCUGCUAGCUGUCAGCCUGGGCGAGGGCGUGGGAGGCAACGCCUGAGACCCCCAGAGCCCAGCCGACCGGCUGCAGAGGCCAGGCCAGCAUGACUCCUUCCUUCAAACUUCAGGGUCACUUCGUUCUCAUCUUCCUGAUGGCUCUAAGAGGGGAGAGCCGGUACCUAGAGCUUCGGGAAGCUGCGGACCACGACCCUCUCCUGCUCCUGGGCGCCAGCCUGAAGCGGGAGCUGGCCGGGGAGCCGCUGUACCGCCGCGCGCUGCGUGAGUCGGGGUGCGGGCGCGCGUCCGCGCGGGGCUCGGGGCCUCGCCGGGAAGGGCGGGGUGAGCCGGGCGCCGCGGGCGGCCGAGCGGGAGAGGCGCCGACCCGCCGGCCGCCGUGGUUUGAAUUCCCGUCCGUGCGCUCCCGGCCCCCGGGCGCCUCCAGGGACUUGACUGAACUUGCGGGAGAAGCGCUGUGCUCCCGGAAAACUGACCCAGAAGGACUGGCGCCGCCGCUGCCCCGGGCGACCCGGUUUGGAAGCACAGGGCACUGGCCGCAGGGCGGGAUGCUGAGAGCCAGGCUAGUAUUUGACGGCUGGAUUCUCAAGGGGGAGAAGUUCCCCAGUUCCCAGGAUCAUCCUCUCCCCACUGCUGAGCGGUACACAGAUUUCUGUGACAGUGGUCUUCGCCGAAGGAGCAUCAGAUCCUCCCAGAAUGUGGCCAUGAUCUUCUUCCGAGUCCGCGAACCUGGAAACGGAUUCACAGUAACCAUAAAGACAGAUCCCAACCUCUUCCCCUGCAAUGUCAUUUCCCAGACCCCAAAUGGAAGGUUUACCCUGGUCGUCCCGCAUCUGCAUCGAAACUGCAGCUUCUCCAUAAUUUACCCUGUGGUUAUCAAAAUAUCUGAUCUCACCCUGGGACACUUAAAUGGUCUGCAGUCACAGAACCCCUCAGCGGGCUGUGGGGGAAUAGGAGACUUUGUAGAGCUGCUGGGAGGAACUGGACUGGACCCUUCCAAGAUGAUGCCUUUGGCUGACCUCUGCUAUUCCUUUCACGGUCCUGCCCAAAUGAAAAUCGGCUGUGACAAUACGGUGGUGCGCAUGGUCUCCAGCGGAAAGCACAUAAAUCGUGUGACUUUUGAGUACCGCCAGCUGGAACCGUAUGAACUGGAAAACCCAAAUGGAAACAGUAUCCAAGAAAUCUGUUUGCCUACUCUUUGAAUAACCGACCCAGUGAUUUACAUGCUGCUAGCUAAGUGAGUUUUUAAUGGCUAUUAUAAAUGACUUUGAUGAUCAGCUAGGUAAGAGCCUUCCAUACCAGUCCGUAUUCCCAGGCUUGAACACACAUUAUACAGACACAUACACAUACACACACAUGUGUGUGUGUGUGCAAGCGUGCAUUUAUUUUUGUACCUUGCUUCUUUUUCAUUUGUGAUGUAUAGAUGACCACAUGGCAGCUUAUAAGCCCUCCUUUGCCUUUGGUAGAAAAAAAGGUUUUCUAUAAUUCUUUGGUAUGCUACAAACCUGCACUGAUAAGGCACGUGCAACGCAAUGGGCACUAAAAAGUUGUAUCUCAAGGGAAAAUACAACAAAGAAAUAAAAAUGGCAGUGUUGAGAUCAGUCUUAGAACAGAAAACAAUUCAAUGUCUAUAUACCAAAGUAGUUGUUAUGUUUAUUUUCUGCAUAUUAUUCUGUUUACAAUAGAUAAUAGUUGUAGCUGUUGUUUAUUGAUUUGUAACACUUUGCUUCUUACAAAACUCUGGAGCAUGGAAAAAAAAUUUUUCAUCCACAAAUACAAACAUGAAUAAAUACAUCAGAAUGUUGGC